AUGUUGCUGCUACUCGUGCGGGCAAGGCAAAGCAAAUCGAUCGGCGCGUUCGAUGGAGCACAGCAGUCGCAGUGGACGUCGAGACGGCGAUACCUGGAAGCGUUGGUGGUCGUAACUCGAUUCCAGGCUGCUUGCUCCUGCCUGCUCGACAACACAACGACGGCAGUGUCGAGGAGCGUGGGAGGACGCGAAGGGAGGAGUCCUGCACGAAAUCGAGAGAGACUCUGCCAGCCGGCUCUGCUCGACUCUUCAGAUCACUUCGACAUACGACUGGAACCGACUCCUGCCAUUGCCCGGACGCCGACCGCCGUACCGCCGCUCCGCCGCCCACUUUCACUCGACACGGUCGCCAUUCUGCCGGCCACCGCCUACGAAAAGGUCGCGCUCCUUGCCCAUGAUCCAUCGCCGUGCCAUUCAUCAUUCACUAUCGACGCCUGCGAGACCGCUGCCGAUAGCAUGACAGACGCCGCCUUUCCUGUCAAAGCUAUCAAUGCUCACGACCUCUCCCACGCAUCGCACGCCGUAUCACACCUAUCGUCGCACCAGCGCUUCGCCGCGUCCGAAACCAGCGACGUGCCCGCGGACGAUGGCCAGAUCAGCUGCAUUUGUGGCUACGCCGACGACGAUGGCUGGACCGUCGCCUGCGAUUUGUGCAAUCGCUGGCAACACCAAUCGUGCUAUUAUCCUCACUACGACGAGCUGAGCCUGCCGGACGACUUGCAACAUUACUGCGUCGACUGCAGUCCGCGACCGGUCGAUGUUUCCACUGCGCGUGCUCGCCAGCGACAAAAACGAGAGCAUGCAGAGCCUUUGACCAACGGCGCGAAGCGCGCGGUGUCGAAGAGUCACAAGAAGAAAGUCAAAGAGCUGGUUCCUUACACAAAUGGUUGGUCCGCCGCGGAUAAAAUUCGUCACGAUCGGAACAGUGCGAGCCCUCGAGACCAACCUCCGCCCGCGAAACGACCAAAGACCAGCCAUCGCGCAUCGGACUCUACUGCCACCACCACUACGACGAAGGGCCAUUCUCGAAAGCGCAACGCCUCCACCGUCAACCAGCGUCGGAGCGUAUCGCGGUCGCCGGACGCCAGUAUCGACCAGUAUUCCGAAGAAUUCUUGCAGUGUUACUCGGAAGAUAGCUGGAGGGUCACCGAUGCAAAUGUCUUCAACAACAUCGCCAUAGGCAGUGCUCUACCUGCGUGGCUGGCUGCGCAUGAGGACGAGUUCCGAGCUAUGCACAAGCAGCCCAAAGGCGAGGUUCUCAUGCGAUGGGACAGCCAACUAGAGGACAUUCCUGGCAAAGCUAUGAUUCAUAUUCAGGAUGCCCACGAUGACACUGUCCGCUAUGGAGGUCAACACCCGAGCUGGAAGAUGGUGACCGUGGAAGAGCCAGUUCCCUCGGGUGGCUACAUUGGCGAACUCAAAGGAGUUAUUGCCUUCAAGAAGGAAUAUCAACAGGACGCUUCCAACAGGUGGCCACAGCUGCGUCAUCCGGAACCUUUCGUCUUCUUUCACCCAAGCUUGCCUAUCAUCAUCGACGCACGAAACGAAGGCACCGCGUUGCGGUACGUAAGGCGCAGCUGCCAACCCAACGCCCGGCUCCAAAUACUGGUCACUGGAGGGCAUGACUAUCAUUUUUGCUUCAUGGCGACAUCACAAAUUGAGCCGGGCGUCGAGGUGGCAGUGAGCUGGGACACAAGCGAAGGACUACCGGAGCUCAACGAACGUAGUACACUAUCGGACGAGCACAUGGAACUUCUCUCCGCUUGGGUGUCCACAGCUCUUGCUAAUUGUGGCCCGUGUGCCUGCGGUCUGCCGGAAGGCAGCUGCAAGAUGUCACGAUUUGACCGUCGCAAUCGUAACAACGAAGACGAGGCACCUACCACUAGGAUGCCGAAGUCGAAGAAGCGUAAAGGGCCUCAGGUCUCGCCGCUCAAUACAGCAGCGCUCAACAGUCGUUCUGGCAGCGAAGCACGCAAAGUCGAGGCCGAUGACGACGGCACUGACUCACGGUCAGCUUCUGGAUCCGCAGGUCGCGAUUCGGCGAGUCGGGACAUCACACCGAACACGCACUACUCUGCCAAUGGCACGCAGCCUGUGAUUCCUGAGAUCUCUGAGCGGGAGCGCAAAAAGAUGGCGAAAGAGGAAGAGAUAUUUCGACGGCAAGAGGAAGAGAGGACAGGCAAACAAGCAAAAAAGAAGCGCAAUAGUGCUGGCUCGAGCUUGAACACACCGAGUGCGACCACGUCGAAACAAUUGGGAUUACCACCUACAACGACGUCGUCAAGGCAUCCCGACAGUGGCACACCCAAGCAAGCCUCUCUCCCUCCAGCCAAGUCGACCAUGGGUCGCAAACCGAAGACACAAAAGGCACCCAUGAGACCUUCUGGCAGAAUUGCGAAGCGGCCGAAGCCCGUCUACGUCGAUUCCGAAACUCAAUGCGACAUGGAUCAGGAAGAAGCAACGCAACGCGCGCCCACACCAUCGUCACGGAGGCCGUAUGUCUCGACGAGGCAGAGGUUGCUGGAGCGCUGUGCACGAAACAACGCCAGUUCUUGCGCGGCAUUGUCGACCAGCCCGGUAAAGACAUCAGUUGAUGAAGCAGAUCAGAUGGACACCGAGAAGCCAAUUGUGCAGCCUGUCGAGUCGAUGUCAUCACCCGCGGCGCCAUCGUCGCCGCUUCCGGAAGCCGUCGCCCUUGACGCGUCAAAAGUGGAAGUCGACCAGGAUGCCGAGAUGGAAGACGCGCCGCAGGAAGGGACGAAGGCCGAAGCUUUAGCGGAGGAACAACCAUCGCCUGAACCGCCAAACCUUGAGGACUCACCAAGCACCAGCAAGCAGUCCCCACCUGUACUGCCGCCGGUACCACCACUACGUCCUGUUAUCAAGUCUACCGAACCCGAAGCUGGCGAAGAGUCGUCGAAGCAACCGGACCUGCACAUAGCGAUGCCACCUCCACCGUCGAACCCGUUCUCACAGCCCAUACUUGCUAACGGUCCCGCCGCACAAUCUCCUGGCAGCUUUACGACAGGCCCGAUGUUCUCGCCAGCCGUCACCGCAGCCGUUUCUCCCAGUCCUGCACGCAAGAAGCUGAGCUUGAGUGACUACACUCGUCGCAGCAAAGCGAAGGACAAGGAACCAGAUGGCAAAGCCGACCGUGAGAGCUCACCGGCCUCGACGGCAUCCGGUCCUGCCGCGGUAGUACCCGUCGUUCAACCUUCAUCUUCGGGUGAGGCUGCUGCUGCUGAGGGCGGAUCUGCAAUUGACGACGAUGUGAAGAUGGAAGACGCCGAUGCGACGCCGGCUGUCCUUCCGUCGAUCUCAUAACACGUUCGAGUCCUGGAGGCUUUGUUCAUUCUAGCGUGGCGUACGGUGUUACUGAUGCGUGGAACCAUGACGAUUGGAUGGAAAGGAGGAAAGGAUGGGCUCGAAGGGAAGUUGACUGUAUCGAACUUCACGACUGCAAUGACGAAGCAUGGGAUGUGGACGAUGGAGCGUGUGCUGUUGGGCUCACCGAAAUGCAAAUCAGGCUUCCUGCACUGUGUACAUUAAAAGUCUCGACUACUGUCUCACAGACCCGUUUUGGGUGUGAGGUCCUCUGCCUGAAUAGCAGGCAGCAGAAGCAGUGCUCAACACCA